AGUUGGUGCCCCAUUUCUAGCCUCCUUCUCCUGGAUCUCCAUUCUUCAGGGUAUCUCACCUCACAAGCUCCUGCAGCAGAAGCGCUACAGACGAUAUGCAGCUCCCCCUCGCCUCUUCGGCGCCUCGAGGAGCGGCAGCGGCAGCCUCAGCAGCAGCAGGCACCUGCCCUCGGCUGAGACAUAUCCUCACAGGCACCUUCAAUACCCUCUUUCUGCAUCUCCUCACCUUCGAUACCCUCACAAAGGACUUGACCGUAACUCUGUCUGUGCCCGCAAGGGGACCUCAUCAGUACUUUGCCCUUGGCGGGUUCAUCCCAGAGCUUUCCAGCAGCAGCGGCAGCGGCAGUGGGGUUGGGAGCAGUAGCGCAGCAGGAGGAGCAGCGCAUCAAGCAUCCCGCAUCGUCUACGCAACAACAUGGUCAGAUGUGCGGGAGCUCUCCGCCUGGAGUGUCUCCCUCGUGCCUGGGCAAGAGAAGGUCAGUCUGAUCAAUGCGAGGGAGAUCCUCGCUGCGGGGAGCUAUGUGGCUGUACAGCCGCCGCCGUUCGAGUCCCGCACGAGUCCAGCGUACGGAGUGAAGUCUUCCCUACAGGGCGCUACCUCCAGCUCCAAUUCCUCAGGAGGACCCUCACGCUUCCUCUACCAAGCUGGUGGACCCACAGGCGAAGUCUUCGAGUUGGACCCGACGACAGGGGCUAUUGGUGUCAAGACGCAGCAGCUCGUCCUUCUCCCAGGAGGGGAAGAGGCGCUUGCGGGAGCAGACAAGAGCAGGAAGAGUUUGAGAUACGGAGCUCACAAUGUGGACUUUGACAUCAAUGGACUGGCGUAUGUUGCGGAUCUCGGUCGCAACGCUAUCCUAAUCUACUCGCGAGACGUCUCUACAGGUCAUCUGACACUCCUCUCCUCCAAUCCUUCACCGGCCUCGGGGGACGGCCCACGGCACGUUGUUCCCACUGCCUGCGGUCGCUGGGUGUUUGCGGUAACGGAGCACAACUCCUUCGCCGAUGCCUACCGGGUGAUCCUCCCUAGUGACAGUCAAAGCAAAGUAUCCGACGUGCCUCGAUUGGAGCACGUCCAACGAGUCUCGCUUCUUGCGACAGGCGCAGAUCCGCAUGCCUACCGGGGUGACACGAUCCGUCUUUCUCCUUGCGGAGGGUACCUCUUUGCAACCACGCGCGGGAUGACGACGGCUACCAAGGGGCUCGUGACGGGGUGGAAGGUCGAUCUGGAAGAUCUUACUGCGCCGAUCGUGGAGGAAUCAGGAGAGACAGAUGGAGCCAUAGUCAGAUUCGAGACGCCCACUAGCGGUGGUAAAGCCAAUGCGUGGGAAUGGGCGCCGCGCUACCCUCUCGAUGCGCCUCACUACCCUACCUCCUCUUCUUCUUCCACUGAGGAAUCUACCUCUGCUUCUGGUCCUGAAGGGGUGGUGCAGGAUCUAGCCGUUCUGACCGACGAUGAAUUGGGGUAUAUCCUCGUGAUGCAAUGGGACGGUAGGGAUCUUAAGGAGGUUGCGCGGACACAGCUGCCCGGUGUAGGUGGAGGGGAGAGUGCAGCGAGUGUAGGACUCAAAGAAGGGGAGAGGGAAGGGGCGAGUCAUGCAAUCUGGUUGAGUUAGCCAUAGAGUCGAGAACAGAAGAGAUCAGAACGACAUUGUAUGUAUGUGCUAGGCUGCUCUAUUGGCAGUGAAAAAUGCUAUUUUGUUAUAGGUGGAAAGCAACAAGCUUUGUGCCUCUAUCGGUG